AUGAACAUCGACAACCACAGAUCGAGCUCGCGAGUCGAUGAGUAUGGCCAGGAUCCAUUUGCGCUGACGGAGAAUUGUGACUACCCUCCUCUAUCGAAGACAAUGAAGGUUGUAUCACCUAUUACAGGAGACGACAAGCCCGCCGAAGAUGACGAUGAAGAGGUUGCGAUACCUUUACCGAUUGCGACGCUGGUGUUUCAGGAUGGCCGCACAGAGCCAGUCUACAAACCUCUAGCUGGCCAUGAACAUUUGUUCAAGGCACGACCAAUGAUUGGCUCUCCGGCAUCCUUCAGCAACCGCGCCUCUAGUAUACAGCGUCCCAUCCAACCGGCACCGACCCAAGUACCAGGGACACCCCAGCAUGCAACCCUAGAACCACGACAAAAGGCUAAGUCGCAGAGGCAACCCGCUCCUUGUAAGCAGAGAAAGCCUGUCGCCCACCGACAAGGUCUACUGAACUCGAAGAGUCUGAAAAGAACCCGAUCCGUUGCUCAGGGAUUGGCCCCAAACCGCAAGGCGUUUGUCGACAACGAUGAUGUUGAUGAUACCGACGAGACCGUUCAGGUUGUGACCGAAGAGUCACACACGUUCUACAUUGGCGACAUUGACGCAUUCAAGGAGUUUCUUCGCUGCCGCUUCGAUGAGCUGACCAUGAAGCCAUUACGCGGCAUCGCUACGCACUGGGUCAAGCUUCUUGAACCUAGGCGACUUGGUGAUUGGGGCAAGUACCAUGAGAUGCUCCCAACGGAAGCAGACACGCCUCCCUGGUGGCCUAACACUGUUAUCUACAAGGAGCCCUCGCAUCUGAAGAAGAGUGACCUCUCAACAUUGGCGGUCGAGAUGAUGUUAGUUCACCGGGAGAUCGAUGAAGUUAAACGCAAGGGUUCCUGGAUCACUAAGCUUCGCGAUGUGGCCAAGUUCACGGUUCAGACAACGUCAGCCGACCAUUUCUCCUCAUCCAAGGGCGCCGCCCACAGCGAAGAGAUGAAGAAGCGCGCUCUGGAACAAAUACUGCCCAGCAUUUUCGAUGUUGCGCAGGCGUACGAAGACCACAUCAUGCAGUACAGCCUCUUUGAAGGCUCUGGCAAUGCAGACCCCGGUCGAGGCAAGCAUCACACAUGGAAGCCCAUACCGAGGCCCGUCAGACGACAGCAGCCCAAGCGGCCACGUCGAACUGUCAAAGGUCGUCCUGAUACCGUACAAGAGACAAUCUGUGAAGCGUCCGGAGACGAGACCGAGCCAGAUGACACGAUGACAAGGUUGGCUAGGGUCCCACAUGGGCUUCCUCAAGCUGCCCCAUCACCUCGACCUAUGACUGCCCAUAGUCAGCCCGAGAUUCAGACACCGCGUCAGUUCACCAUCGCAGAUGACAGUCAUCGACAGACGUGGAAAGCUGACACACCUGCAUCGAUCUCCGGACCAUGCACGCCCGCGACCUCUCAAGACGACAGCAAGAUGCAUCGCACUGCAUCUACACCCAACUCAUCUUUCGAUCAAUCACUGCAUGGGCUGCACCUCGGAGAAGAGGACCUGAACUUGAAGCCACAUGCACGAACGAUGUCUGACAAUGGCACCAUGCACCCUCCAUACAACAUGGUCCCGUACAAUCAGCCGGUGCAAUAUCCAGCAGCACCGACCGGCUUCAGCGGCCAGGCAUAUCAGCCCACAGACAACUACCCAAACCCAGCCCCAUCUUCUUUCCCGCAAAAUGGCCCAACCUUCAUCAACCCAUUCACCAUGUUCAACGCUCCCCCACCCCCAAUAAGCUACACCCAAUACGCGUCUCCAAUGUCUACUGCCAACGGGUUCCCGUACGAACAAGGCAUCUUCUCCCCGACGCCAAUGAGCUUUCCGAACACGCCGAUGAGUAUGCCAAUCACACCGUCCGACCCCAACAUGACUUUUCAUGGUUUGCCAUCCGACUACCCUGUCGACCCUCAAGGGUUGCAUCACUUCUGA